CAAAAUGAGUCAUCUCCUUAGCCUUCUCUUGUUAGUACUACUAUUAAGCUCCACCCAAGAUGCACACUCACUUCAAGGUGGAGAAGAGAAAACGGGGAGCUUGAGAGCUUUGAUAGGAUCGAGACCGCCGAGAUGUGAGGGAAGAUGCAUGUCGUGCGGGCGUUGCGAGGCGGUGCAAAUGCCGGUGAUUCCUCAAGAGAAGAGAGCAGAUGGUAAGGAUGAUUUCUACAAAGUUGUCUCUUUUAAGGAUGAUGGAUCCAACUACAAACCCCUGGGCUGGAAAUGCAAGUGUGGGGACAUUAUCUUUAAUCCAUGAAGAGUUUCUGCUUAUAUGAGAUUUGUGUAUAAUUAAUGCUGCUUUGUUUGAAUGAUGAGACCACUUCUCUCUCUCUCCUUCUCUCUCUCUCUCUCUCUCUCUCUCUCUCUCUCUC